AUGCCGUCCAUAGCUGAGCUGCGCAGCCGCCUGGCUCGCGCGCAGACGAAGGUUGCGGCGGCACGUCUGAGCAGUUCGCAGUGCAUCGACCUCGUGCUGAAGGUCUGCCAGAAGCGCAACAUCACACUGAUUCCCACGCUCGACGGCGAGGAGCUGCUGACGCUGCAGCAGCUGGAGCUGGAUCUGGUGGCGGCGAUCGAAUCGAGAGGCGGCCGAGCUGCGGUCUCUGAGCUUGCCGCAGUCGUCGGAGUGCAGCAGAACUAUGUUGACAGGACGGUUGAAAAGUUGCUGAAGGAGCACCCGAAUCGUUACAUGCGCCUGCAAGACACGCUUAUCACGACCGCUUACACCGAUUGGCUGACUGACACGGCCAGCCGUCGCCUGCAGGAAUGUGGCGUGCUGAACGUUUGCGACUUCGCGAGCGAAUUCGAGCUGCCAUUCGAUCUGAUAAAACUGCUUAUCACGAACUCAAAGGUUAUUAAAGGGCGGUUGAACGGCACGCUGCUGGAGUCGAGGGGGUACGAGGCAUGCAAGGAGAGGUGUAUCUUGUCCGCGUUGGCUGCCACCACGGUGCCCACUGCCACGAUGCACCUGGCGAAAGUCACACGUAUAGACAUCAACCUCGUGAACGACGUGGUUGGGCGCCUGGUCAACGAGGGCAAAGUGAGCGGGACUUUUAAGGGCGGUGUCUACACCCCCAAGGUGUACACCGACCACCGCCAUGAGCUGCUGGCCGCCUUCUACAGCGCCAACGGCUACAUCGAGCGCAGCAAAAUCGCCGGAUCCGGCAAGUCGAACAAGGACAACUCAUACAAGAUGUUUCCAGAUGCGCUGUUGUUGGAUACAGUGCUGAUCAAUCGCAACGUCCUUGAGCCGGUGUCGGUGCUCGUGAACGAGGCCAUCGCGACUGCUGGUUGGCGUGACAUCAGCAUCAUGCUGCCCGCAUCAUUGACACCAACGGACUACGUUGCACUUUUGGAACAGAUAAAGGGCGCCAGCAAGAACGGUUACGUGGUCGCAGGUCUCUACGUUUCUCUGGCCUUCGAGGAGUCGCUGGUGAAGCACAUCGUUGAGGCUCUGAAGGACCGUAUGGGUGCGAAGAAACUUUUGGACACCGCUUCGGACGCUGUAGAGACGCUUAUAGACGAGGCUAGUGCCCUCAUGGACGACGAUUCCACGUCGGCGUUUGCCGAGUGUUGGGCGAUAGCGUCCACUGAGCUGUAUGAGCGCAUAGAACCGUCAAUGGUAGCCCUCAUCCGCAAAGUAUGCGUGGUGGAUCGUCCAACACAUGGACAUAGCGGAUUUGAUGUGGAGGCUGCCACGGAGAAGUUGAAGGAGCACCACCUGAAAUUCGACUGCACGUUGAAGGUGAUGGAGAAGCUCGGUGGCGGCACCGUCGACGGCGCUCACCUUAUCAUGAAGACUUUGGCAAAGGAGCUGCUCCCUGUGGACUGCCACUUGUUGUUGCAGGUGUACGCGACUCAGAAUUUCGUCGAAAUUCCGGGGGAGGGGGGCGAGAUAAACGCCGGCAACCGCGCUGCGGUGGUCGAGGCCAUAAAGGACAAGGAGGUGAAGGCUGACUUCAGCGCAUACUUCGAAGCUAUAAAGCAGAAGGAUGCCCUCAAGGGCAUUGAGGCCUCGCGUUCGCUGAAGGCCGCUAUGUACAUCGCAUGCAACGUUAAGAAGGAGCGGAAGCGUUUUCUCAAAGUUCAGUCGACUCACUACGAACAACUAUUGGCCUCUCUGGGCUGCGACGAUGCGCUCAAAGCCGCAUACUGCGCCCUCAUGCUGGGGCUGCUGCGCAACGGGCAUUACGUGUUCCUGGUGGACAAGGACUGGUGUCUGCGUGGGUGCGUCGAGAGCCUCGCGGAGUUCGUGGGCAAGGCCGACGUUAUCGAGGCAGUACAACGCUGCGUGGAAGGCAAAGGUGAGUUAUUUAUGUGUCUCAACCCGAUAAUGAAUGUGCAGACACGAGCGCGGUAG